AUGGACUUAAGGAAGAACAAAGCCCAUGUGCAGCUCCCCCAGACACCUGACUCUCAUCAAGAGAACCACGCUCCAGAUGUCAUUGGCACGCGGAGUUUGAGGAAUCGGGAACAGCUCAGGAAAAGAAAAGCUGAAGCACAAGAACAGCAAACUUCGCAAUGGCUCUUUGGGGCACAGAAAAAAGGCAAGCGGCAGAGAACAGGAAAAGGAAAUGAAAGAAGCGGAAAGAGCCAACAAUCUGCAGAACUCAAGGUGAAGCCUCUGGCGCGCAUAGACAAAGCGGCCAUGGUGGAGUUAGUGCUGGCACCUCCAGAGCAAGGAAUGGCGCCUCCUGGGAGUGAAACCAAAGCCGGCCCUCCUGGAACCUCCCAGGAAAAUGCAAGGGCUGAGGAACACGCUCCUGAAGUUUGUCAAGAAGGCAUUAGACAUCAGGAAAAUUGCUCUGAGUACCAAGAGACAGGAGCACAAAAGCAUCCUUCUGAAACGUGCCAAGCUGUGACUGAACCUGAGGAUCUCACACCAAAAAUGUACCAAGAUGUGGCUGAACCAGAAGAUGCUUCUCCUGCAAUGUGCCAAGAAACAGCUGUGUUUCAAGACCAUCCUUCCAAGAUGUCCCCAGAUAUGGCUGAACCUGAGGACCUCUCUCCUAAAAUCUGCCAGGAAACAGCUGUCCUUGAAGAUCAUCCUUCCAGGAUGUACCAAGAUCCGGUGGGAUCUGAGGAGCUCGCUCCUAAAAUGUGCCACGAAAUCGCUGUACUUCGAGACCACCCUUCUAGGAUGUACCAAGAGAUGUCUGAGCCAGAAGACCUCUCUCCUAAACCACACCAAGAAACAGCUGUACGCACAGCCCUUCCUUCUCAGACAGAAGCUGCAGCUGGCCUGGAUGGAGGAUACCCCACACUAGAUGUGCCUAAAGACUGCCCUCUUGGAACAGACCCCCAAACAGCUGAACCCGAAGAAUGGAAUUCAGAAUCAGACCAAGAAACAGCUGAGGCUACACGUAUCCCUCCUCCACUACAAGAGAUCACUGAGCCUACAGACCCUUUUACAAAAACAGGCAGAGAAACCACUGAACCUGACUUCUUACAUAAAACAGAUAAAGUACUGGCUGAGCCCAAAGUCCCCUUUCUGAAAACAGUCCAAGAAACACCUGGGCCUAAAAAAUAUGCUCCGGAAAGAUGCCAAGAAACACCUGAGCCUGAAGAACAUUCACCUGAAAUACACCAUGGGAAGUCUGGGCCUGAAUCAGAAUACUCAGCUGAUGUAUACCAGAAAAUACCUAGAUAUGCAGAUUACUCAUCUGAAAUCUACCAAGACACACCUGGGCCCGAAGACCUCUCUACAAAGGCAUAUACACACAAACAUGUGCCUGAAGAAUGCUCUCCAAUCCCAUACCAAAAAACAGGUGGCUCUCAAGGCCAGGAUCCUAUGACAUACCAGGAAGAUGCUAAGGAUGUUUAUACUUUUUCUCCAGACGUGAAAGUGAAACCCAAAGCGGAGGAGCCACAAGGACCCGCCAGUCGGAGCCCUUCUCGAGAGGAGCGCGGCAAAAGGGACCUGCUCGGCUACGCGCUAUUUUAACAGUCCCAACCCGAGCGCGCUCAUCCGCUGGAGAAUACAUAGCUCUACGAUAGCCUGUGCUCGUCUUUGUUUAUAGACAUAGAAAAGGGACAUAUUUGAAGGAGAGUACAUGUCUUUUAGGGCUUUACCGAUAGAUGAAAUCCACUGUGUGUGUGUGUG